CUUGUCAGUGAUUAUCAGCUUGUAAUGAUGUGAUAUGGAUUCCGCAGUUAUCAUUUUCAAGAUCUUUUCGGUCAUAUAAGCAAUUGCAUCUAUGCACUUAUUGAAACUGGAGUUAUGACGUAGAAGCACGUGCGCUAUGGGUAACACGCCAUUAGUAUCAGUACAAAAUCGUUUCUGCUGCAGCACAAGGCGCAGAGUUUGGGUUAUAGGGAUGGCUGGAGCAGGGAAAACAAGUAUAUCCCUAAGACUGUCGCUCGGAAAAAGGGCGAGGACUCAUCCUACAAUAGUAUUUGAUGUGGAAAAAAUGGAUUAUAAUGGACACCAAUAUACGCUAUAUGACUGGGGUUACAUGUGCCAUAAGCUAUGGUGGACUUAUGACGAGAAAAUGCACGGCAUAAUAUUUGUCAUAGAUAGUUCAGAUCCUGAAAUGCUUCAUCAUGCUGCAAAACAAUUUACGAAAAUGUUAAAAGAGCCGAGAACCAAAAAUAUUCCAAUAUUAGUAUUCGCGAAUAAACAGGAUCGAAUAGGAGCGCUAAGUGAGAAUCAAAUUCGUUCUGCGCUGCCACCAUAUAACGAAAAUGAGCGAGCUUUAAGAAUUCAAGCUUGUAGCGUUUCUUUGGGAACUGGAUUGUAUGAAGGCUUGGAAUGGCUGGAUAAUCAGUUAUAUUCCUCAUCCACAAAGAGCUUAUUUUAUUAGACCCUUAGGAAUUGAUCUGAUGUAAUUUUUAAGAGUACCUGUAAAGUUUCAUUUUAUAUAUAUUAUUCUGUCCAAGC